GGACUAUUAAAUUUUCUAAUUAUAUUUUAAAUUGUUAAAGAUUAAUAUGAAAGUGUUUGGUCUUGGAUUUUUUGACAUCAUCCAUAGAUCUUUUAUAAUUUUUUUAUCUGGAUUGACUGUCUAUGGAACAGUAAAUGUUGGUUAUUUACUUUAUAAAAGAAAGAAAAAAAUCAAGACUAUUGAAGAUCAGAUUCGAGAAGGACUUUUACCACCAAUACCUGUAAAAAAAUCUAUAUCUCAUGAUAAAAAUGUUUAAAAAUUAAAUGAGAUUUUAUAAUAUUUCUAUAAUUAAUACAUGAAUG